UGGUAUAUAAGUCUAACUGCUAUUGCUACUCUCUCAACUGUCUCAUAUUAUUUUUUUAACCAAUGGCUCAUUUAUUAUGUUUAUGCACCACUGGAAAAUGCACACAGACAUUGUUCCUUAUAGCAGCCUAAUCAUGGAAUUGGGUUGCCCUGCAUUUUGCACUAGUGCUCAAGUUACUGGGAGAAAAAGGUGAUUCUUAAUGAAAUUGGCAAGCAAGCCCACUUCCCAGCUAUAUUUUACCCCUCUUAAGUCUUGUUUAAAAUGUAUAGUUGCAAAAGGUAAGGAGGUAGUGUAAUCUGAGAGCUGCCCAUAGCAAGAGAGUUCAUCUGCAUGCGGUGGGCUCCUGCAAAAGCAACUAGUAAAUUGAGCUAGUUAGGGUGCCACAUCUGUCCUAAUCCUAAUUUGAUUUCAAGCCAAUUACCAUAGUUAGUGAAGCAUUUUAACGAAAUUGUCUGAGAAUUGAACCAUUCACGUUUUAGAUUUACAUAUGUUGAGGAGAUGGAAAAAUUCAAGGAUAACACUCUGUGGCUCUUUAUUCCUUCCUUAAGUUAAAGGUUAAUCAUUUUCUGACACUAAAGGCCUCCUGCAUCUAAUUUAUAAAAACAUAAAAUGCAUUGAUCCUGGAGAGGAAUAAUUUAAUCCUCUCCUCCCCUUUCUAUAUGGAAGGAUUUGAUUUGUAUGAAAAUCCUUUUUUUUUUACUGACUUUAUUCAACUACCCCUUUCUUUUUAUAUUUCUAUUAACUAUUCAAUACAUUCAAGAUAAAAUCCCCAUGGCAUCUAGGACUCAUCACAUAUCCUGGAUGUCCUAUAGCUGCCUUCUCUUUCCCACCUAUUGCACAAUGAGGUACAUAUAGAUACAGGGAUCAGAUAGUAUCCUCUGUUAGCCAAUGCAUCUUCCCGGCUUGCCUGCUCAACUGGAAUUGGGUUGUCUGUAAUGACAAUUUGACCAUAACAUGAUCUAUAGCUCAGUUAAGGGAUAUUUCACUAGUUAUGUGAGAAAUGGACCUCACCUUCGUAGCAGUAGACCAAUUUCUGUUAAAGGAAUUUGACUCAAAUUAGUACCCAGUUUUCACAUAUAAUUUAUGUAUCAGAAUAUGCCAUAAUUUUUGAACUAAGAGUCACACUUUGUCAUUAGAUUGCACAAAUGUACUACAGAAGCUUCUGGGUAGGUGCCCACCCACAUUGGACCACAAAUACAUCAUGGGACAAGUGAAGUGGCAUUUUUUUUUAAUAGUAAGGAGUUGGUCCAGCUACAUGGCACCCCCUAGCUGACUCUCUAAAACGUUAAACCGAGAUACAAUUAGUGUUUGGAUGAGAGAUCACCAGAAAUAGAUAAGAAGUCAAAAGAUACGGGUGGUCCUUGCUUAAUGAUAAUUUGUUUAUGACCAUUCAAAGUUAAAAUGAACACAAAAUGGGUGUUUUAUAAUCUGUAAAGGACUCCAGUCAACAUAACUGGUUGUGCUGCCCCUCCAUGGUCAUAUGAUCAUGUCUGGCAGAUCAGCUUUAUGACUGGUUGCAGCAUUCCAUGGUUACAUGACUCCAAUGUGCAAUAGGUUUUGCCAGUUUCUGAUUUUCAAAUGGAGUCACUCAAUGACCAUGGCAUUCAAUUAACAUCCAUGGAGUUCACUUAAAAUGGUUGUAUUCUCUAAUAACACUAGAGUUAUAAAAGACCAGAGAAUCACUUUUGAUCAAUAGAUACCUCAACUUCUGACUUCAAUGACUUACCACUAUCAUUCUAGGCUCAAAGACAGCUGUAAGUCAAGGCCUAUCUGUAUCCUUGAAAAAGGCAAUACCAAACUGCUUUGGCAUCACUGCCAAAAGAACUAGAUGGGUGUAUGUGUGGUAUCUGUAACUUAAUAAUCUUAUCAUGUGAUGAUUUUACAAUGGAGGCGGAAAUUGUUAUAUGAAGGCAGGCUAAAAUGUAAAUGCACAUGCCAGAAAUUAUUCAAGAGUUGCUAAAGUACUCCCUGUAACUAGCUGUCCUUAUGCCACUUUCUCUUGUUGUUAUGUCUUCCCCCUCCGUUUCUGCUGUAUUAGACAACCUGUGACCCCUUGACUCACUGCUUCAGAGAUCCUUUCUUACCAGAUUCCUCAAUGCCUUCAACAAUGGCAGCUUGUAAUGUACUAGAAAAAUUCUUUAAAAAUUCAGAGAGACCUUUGAAGAUCUGUGUAGCAUAGUCAAGCAUCAGUUGACUACGGGAAAUAUUUCAUAUUUUUUCCUAUGUUUUUAUGAUAAUGUCAUGUUUUAUAAAAUUUGCCAAAUUUCAAUUUUAUACGAGUCCUGCAACUUACAUUUUAGAUGCAUUCUGUAAGUUAGUCCAUUUGAACUACUUUGGUUCAAAAGGUUUUGACCUAUGAUGCACCAUUUCACCCAGUUAAAGGUUACAGGAACAAGAGUUUUAGUAGUAUAUGUUGCAUUGCAAUUGGGUUUCCGUUUUCUGAUUAUGUAUAUGAUUUUUGCAGAAAUUUCAAUCAUGCUGUCCAAGGCUUCACUACAGACCACUUAGCCUUAUUAGUGCUGGUGAUUGUGGACAUUUUGUCUACUCUUUGUCCAAUGUUACCUGGAGAAAUAGAUUAUCAGCAGGAUAGCAAAAUUAGUUGGUUGGUUUCAGAGUGAUUUCCCCCUCCCGUUAAUAAAUAACUAUUUGGUUUUUAAAGAACUGGAAAGAUGGAUAUGGCCUGGGACUUAAUCCAGUGCAUAAACGUUUCUCAUCUGAUCCUAACAUUCUUUAAAAAGAUCCAAUCCCUCUUCCCACUUUCCAUUUCUCCUUAGUGUCCCUUUCCCUUAUUUCUGUAUUCUGAUUCACUCCUGAUGUAUUCUCUUCCCAAGGUAAGAUGACUCUAAUAUCUCUUGGUUUUCAAAUCCUUAAAAAUGGUAAUUGCUUUCUUCUCUUUUUCAUUCUUCCUCCUGAUGCACAAGCAGUAUCACGACUGAACAGUCUCGAGGCAGCGGUCCACCGUCUCAACGUGCAAUUCUAUCACAUGGAUGUGCGAGUGUCACAGUUCUCCCAAGGUCUGGCUGAAUUGAAAGGGGGCCUGGCUGAGGCUAGUGAGUCACUUGUCUCUCUGAAUGAAGUUGCCAUACGCAAUCAGAAAGAACUUGGACGCAUUGAUGGUUGCUUGCGUGGCCGGCGCACUCAAACUAAAUGCUUCCUGAUCUUCAAGCACUUUGAGGCCUACGAUGCAGCCCAAAAACUUUGUGAAGCCAGAGGAGGGCAUUUAGCCAUGCCAGUGGAUGAUACCGAGUUGACUGUCCUGCGCCGCUAUCUCUAUGAUGCUUUUCAGCCUUAUAAUUGGCCAUCCUGGGUGGGCAUCAAUGACCGGCGUUCUGAAGGGUUGUGGCUUUUUGAGAAUGGUCAACGUGUCUCUGUCUUUGACUGGUACCAAGACCAUCUGGUGACUCAACCCAAUGGUGGCAUCCGUGAGAAUUGUGUCUCCCUCAGCUCAGAUGAUGGGAAAUGGUGGGACAAUGACUGUGAAAGGCGCAUGUAUUACAUCUGUGAAUAUCGCCUCUAG